GACGUCGCCGCCGUCGGCGGCGAGGCUGGAGGCGGAGGGGCUCGCUUCCCGCAGCGCCUCCCGGUGGCGGACCAUCUGAAGCGGGUCAAAGAUAAGUCUGCGCGUAGAGCUCUCACUCGUUUUUUCCAGGACGCCAACGCCGUGGUCUCUGAGGUGGCGUCGCGGUACACGAACGUGAGGCAGCAGUGGAAUCGCCGCCAGCUUCGCGCUGGUGACCACCUUCAGCAGCUUACCGCACCUGUGGCCCGCGCUACUAGGAGAGUGUGCGACGACGUCGGCGGGGGCCCCCAGGAGAUCCAGUCGAAGCGACGUCGAUUGCAUGCGAACCAGUGGACACUCAGCGGCACGCUCCAAUAUGCCUUCUCCAGGAUCGGCGGCAACUUCGCUGGACUAGCCAGGACCUCGCACCGGGAGCUUGACGCCGUCGCGACGACGGCGCUGUCGCACAGGUCCCGCCUUGGCGAUCACAUUCGCCAGUGGAGGUUGGCAUUGGAGACGGGGACUUGCUCGGCGAGUUGGGCGAUCGUCCACCGGGCUUUCGACUUGACCCCCAUGACGUUGAACUUCGGCUGCUGUGCGGAUCUGAUUCGGCCAGUCGCCAGGUUUUGGUGGCGGGACGUCGCCAAGUGCGCCAGCGGUACGCCAUCCGUGCGCUCGGAGCUGAUUAGCUACAGCGAGUACCAGCGCCGCGGCCUCGCGAAAGGCCGCGAGCCCCGGGCGGGCGUGCUGCACAUCAUGGCCCAGACGUUGCGGGUCACGUGGACCGAGGGCGAGGCAGAGCGAGAUGUUCUCGCUGGCUUGGGCUUCGAGGCCGCGCGUGACCUCCCGGGUGACCUCCGCAGCGAGAGCCCCGUCAUGCCGUAUGUCUUCAUGGGCUCCAAGGGCGCGUCUACCUUGUGGGAGGGCAUGGAGGCUGGGACGAAGGACUUGAACUGGGAAGGCCUCGUCAGGCUUUCGAAGUGCUUGAAGAUGCUCUUAUAUUCCAUGGGCUCCGACCUGGAUUCUUCCAACCAGCGCCUGAAACUUCACGUCCUCUCUCUUGUUCGCGACCACAACAAGCGCGCCCAGGAAUGCGAGGGCGGCGCUGUCGGCGUCAUCGCAGUUUUGGACAUGAUAUGUUUGGUGCACGUGCUUCACAGAGUCGUUGAGAAGGCUUUCGGUACAGAGGAGCUGAUACCUCGUCUCCACUCGGUCUGCUUCAUGUCCGGCGAGACUGGUAGGAGCGAGAUGAUGCUGAAAGUCUUGAAGGGUAUCAUCGUGCACGACCUUGAGCACGGCGGCUUCUGCCCGCAUGCCCGACCCCCGUUGGGCGCGACGGAGAGAUCGAGCCAGAUCUUGAACAUGACUUUGUUGAGGAGCAUCUACACGCGCGGCCGAUUGUUGUCGGAAACCAUGGCAAAGAAUCAGGAUUAUCUUUUGGAGUUGGGGAACGCUUUAUUGGAGGUCGCCAACGGCGACUGGAGGGUCGUCGGUUUCCAGCACUUCUGCUACAAACCUGGUUGCUGCGGCGGUCACCGCCUGGACGUCUGCGCCGAGAGGCUGCUCUCCGUCCUGCGGCAGGCCGUAUUCGACAGAGUGUCUGAGAAAGUCCCUGCUUGCAAUCGUUGGUACACAUUCGGGACCGCGCUGGAGGUGCAGGGCCUCGGAGUGUUCAUGCAUCAGAUCCUCCCGAGGGUGAUCGUGCAGUUGCACAGCGACGGGAUGCUCGACAACGACAAGCCCAUCGCCGAGGAUGACCCUGACGUCAGCUUCAAGGUCUACCGCACGAAAAAGGUGAAGCAGUCCAUCGCAUUCAUGUCGGACCCCAAGACGCCUUUCGUGGUUGCGAGCGCGGCGCUCGCCACCGAGCCCUUAGACCACAUGACCAAUCGCAUGCAGCACCUCGACCAUGCGCAGAAGUGCCCGCUCGUCGAGUUCGUCGGCGGCGGCCUCAGCAUGCAGAGCGCGGCUAUGACGCAUCUGCGCCAUCUGGUGUGCGACGCCACCCCUGGCACCCCGCCGAAGCCUUCGCGAACGGCGUGGCAGUUGGGGUUGAUGAAGCACUUAUUCGGCAUGACCUCCGAUUUCGCAUUGAGCUCCGAACAGUAUAGGAACACCAUCAUCGGCGUGUCUUCGCAGGUGGACGCCCGCGUGGAGGCACUGAUGGUCCGAUGGCCGCUGAAGCUGCUGGCGGCGCGCGCGGCGGCGGACAGCGUCGACUCCGCCAUGCCAGUGCUUCGCGAGUUCUACGCUGCCAAGAGUUGUUGCCUCGAUGAAUUUUUCAGCGAGCCCUUCAGAACUGCGUGCCCCACGAUAGACCAUAUCGACGGCCCGGCGUGGCAGUUCCUACAGCAGGCUGGAAGGCGCUGCAAUGUUACUAAUAUGCCGCUUGAGAACUUGCUCGCUCAGAUGAAGAGUUCCCUUGGCCAGACCAAGAAGAAGCCAUCGGUGGAGACGCUCGCGUACGUCGCGGAGCUUUCGUCCCUCAUGAAGGAUCACUUGGCCAAAGGUUUCAAGAACAGCGUGGUCCAGAAGAGGUCUGAGAUGCAGAACGGUGGCGUGCCACUGGAGGCGGACAGCACUCAUCGGGCGAGGAGACUUGCCAGACCUAAGCCAAUGGUCGCCCGCCCCGACAUGGCGUGGAGGAAUAUCAAGUAUAAUCAAUGGAAGAGGGAGCAUCCUGGAUCCACCCCCGAGGAGCGCAGGGUUUUCUUCGAGCAGAUCACUCAGGAGUGGUCGGGCAUGUCCAGGGUUCAACGACGCGAGGCAUUGCCCUCUCGCCGCCCGCGCGCUGGAGGCGAAGAUGGCGGCGCGCCUCCUGCUGCUGAGGAGGCCGAGGAGGAUGAGGUCACGCGGGAGCGCCGACUGCAGCAGUGGACGAGCGGCAACGUCGACUGGCCUGUCAGCGAGGCCGUCUUGGAGGCCAAGCUUGGCAUCGGGCGAGGAGUUGUUGGUCGGUCGGCGGAGUUGCGGUGGCAGGCGCGAGGAGACUUGGUCGUUGAAGACAAGGGGGCCAUCCCAGGUGAUCGAGAUUAUUGUCGUCGCUAUUCUUGCCAGGAGCGCCAUAGAGGUCUUUGCUUCACUAUGCACUCGCACGUGUAUGAGAGGGUAAUGAAGUGCGCGUUGGCCGUCGAACGUUUCUUCACCGCUGACAUGUUGCAUGGUUGUUUCCAGAUGGCUGGGGUUUGCGGCGGCGGCGAACGCUGGGCCGUGGAGUUUCACUUUUCCGACAUCCGUGCUCGCAGGCCUUUUCACCACCAGACUCACUCGUUCACGGUCAUCUCUCAGGUCGAUCCUGCAGGCAACGAGUACCGCCCGAUCAGGUGCGGCGACUAUGACGAUGGCGACUGUUUCAAGCACAUAGGGUCCCACGCCCUCAUCUUG